GUCGCGAAAACUCGUUCUCCCAGAGUGCAUUACGGUCCUGGGACGCACCACCAGUAAACCAGUAGCAGUACCAGCACCAGCACGGUGCGGCCACGUCGAACGGAAUAGCUGGACGUGAAUCUCGCGCUGCGCGAUUCUACGUCUAUCGGUUCUCGCGGGCGUGAAUUGGGCGCGCACCGGCAGACUCCAGUGCAGACCCGCUCGUACGUCACACGUCAGUCGUGAGUGUCGCGCGUCGAAGUAAGUACUUGUCCGUCAUCGUGCUCCGGAAGGAGAGACCUGGUCGUUUCGAUCGCUUCCGGUUACGAUCCGAGAUACGCGUCGUUGGCAACACGUUUGAAUAAUCUAGUCGAGCGACCGCGCUCGAUCGAACUCUCCUCGUCUUCCUCUCGACGGGGUCUCGUCAAGAUGGCCGAGAAGAGCGGCUCGCCGGCCGCCGCCAACGUCCAGGAACAGCAGCCCCCCCAGCAGCAGUUCCUGUCGAGCUUCAUCGCCGAGAUCGUCAAGAGCCCGCUGAACCUCGUCCUGGUGGGCGCGAUCGCGAUCCUCGUCUACAAGAUCGUCAAGAGCCGCACGAGGACCGAGGAGCCCGUGCAGGAGGUGAAGAAGUUGCCGAAGCUGCGACGCGACUUCACCAUCGAGGAGCUGACCAAGUACGACGGGAAGGGUCCGGACGGCCGGAUACUCGUCGCCGUCAACGGCAGCGUUUACGACGUCACCAGAGGCGCCAAGUUUUACGGUCCUGGUGGACCGUAUGAAGCAUUUGGUGGUCGAGAUGCCAGUAGGGCACUGGCAAGAUUUGCAGUAGACGCAGCAACGGAUAAAUAUGAUGACUUGAGCGAUUUGAAUACUACAGAAAUGAAUUCUAUCAAGGAAUGGGAAGAACAAUUUAAAGAGAGGUACGAUUACGUCGGAAAAUUAUUAAAGCCUGGCGAAACAUCUACAAAUUAUUCGGACGAGGAAGACGAGGGUAGUCAACAGGAAACUGAAACAAAAUCGGAAAAUGAAACAAAAACAGAUAACAGUGAGACUGCAGGAAAGUCAAAGAGCGAUUGACCACAUGAUUGUACAUUGGAAGCGGAACUUUUUCAGAAGCACAUUACGCAUACACUGUUGUUACAGAAAUUUUUGAAAUUAUCGCUCAUGAAUAUAUUUCUGGACGUUCAACCGAAUAUUUUAUUACUUCAUAACGAUAAUCGGAUAAAGAGGCGAAAUACUGGCUUUUAAUCGAGUUGGAAGUACACAAACAUUUUGAAAAAGCUGGUGAUUAUAUGCAAAGACUUUAUUUGAACGUCUAACUUCUAAUCAGACGUUUUCUCUCGUGUCUUUUAAUGUUUUUAUAUAUGUACAAAAGAUUUUCUACAGAUUGCUAAGCUGAAUCAAUGGCAAGUAACAAUAUAGUAUAUAUUCCAUUGUAGUUUUUCAUUGAAUUAGUUGUAUCCUACUGUGCAACCUGCAGUAACGAUACACAUUGUAUAUGAGAAUAGCAGUACGAUAAAGUUUCUGACGUGCAUUUGGAAUUUAGUUUUAAGUUUAUCUAUUGAAAUAUCUUUACGCUGCAUUUCCGUGAUUUAAAAAAAAUUGCAAUACCGAAUCGUCGGAAAGAAUGAAAAAAAAGUUAUACAGAAACAUAAAUUUUUGAACAAUUCACUUGUUAAUGAAGUUCCGAUUCAUGCUUAUUAAUCGGAUAAAGAUUAAUGAUUAUAUAUUUAUGUUAUAUUUUUAAUACAAUCGAGCGAUAUGUAAUUAUUGCAGGCAUAAAAUGUGGUAUCACAAUAUAAAAAUCUUUUUCUCAUUAACGUUGGAUGAGAAGAGCCAUUUCAAAUUGUAUAUUUUGUGCAAAACUUAAUUGCUAAAACAAUAAUAGAAGUCGGGUGUGCAUAAAAUGCAUAUAAAAACUAACGUUUUAUUUUACAUGAAAAUAAUCGAUAUAAAAUUUUUGUUGUAGAUUUUUGCAAUAUAUAAUUUUGUUAUAGCGCUGCAAGAAUACAGUCAACUGUAUUUGCGUACUUCCGUGUAAUGUUGCCUCUCAAUAGAAAGGCAUAAAUGCUACACAGCAUCAAUUUACUGCUAUUUGAUGGCUUUAUUCAUUACAAUAAAAUAAAAGCAUGGUUUGGGUAAAUAGUUACAUCUAAAUAAGUUUAUGUGAAUAAAAAUAAAAUAGAGCUAUGUUACACACACACACACACACACACAUACAUAUAUAUAUAUUUCCAUACACAUAAAGAGUUUGCAUGCAUUCCCUGUAUAAUUUAAAACUUCGUCAAUGUAUAAAAAUCGAAUUGUAUUUUAUAUCUUGUUGGCAUUUAAAAAGUAAGAAAAUUAUUUAUUGUAUACCACACAUUUUGUUAAUUACAUGAAGAUGGUGUAUAUAACUUAUCAUGGUUAGAUAUCAUAGUAUCAAUUAUGGCAAAUAAAGUUUUAUUAUUGUUUAUAUCAAUUGAAUAGUACGAAUGCACAUACAGUUUGAUUUCAAUGUACAUGAAUAUAUGUGACAUAUACUUCCAUUUUUCAAUUUAUUGUAGAACUAUCUUCCAUUAUGUGAAAAACAUUAAUGUAUUAUAAACCAGCACGCAUAUUGAUGAUAUCAGAAACAGAUUAUAAUUUUAAUGAAACAAGUUGUGCUAGGAACGCAGAAAAAUUGAAUACUUGAAAUAAAAAUUGGAAUAUCACGAUA